AUGCCCCGAAAUGAUGACAUUGCCAGAGUUUCGUUGGCAGCCAUAACAUUUGCUGACAUUCAAUUGCCGUCUUUGUACCUUUCUCUUUCUCUCUUAGCUCUUGUUAUUCUCUCUCUCUCAUUUUCUCUCUCUCUCUCUCUCUCUCUCUCACCCACAACCAUUUUGCAGGCUGAUCAGCGGCACGAGAUGGAUCAUCUGAAGCUUGAGCAAAUGGCGCUGGCGCCGUUGGCUGCGCAGCAAAUGCAGCAGGAGGACAAUUAUGCACGCGUUGCCGAGUUUAUUGCCGCUCUACCUGGGGCGUGUCGCUUGGCUGUGGUGACCUCGGGAGGAACCACGGUGCCAUUGGAGGCCAACACAGUCCGUUUUGUUGAUAACUUUUCCGGGGGACAACGUGGGGCCGCCUCCACAGAGGCCUUUCUGGCAGCCGGCUAUCACGUUCUCUUUGUGCAUCGAAAGACCUCGAUGCGUCCUUUUUUACAUCGCAUCGACCUCGAUCGGGACUCUGAUGCUGAUGGCCAGCUAUGCUCCAGGGCGGCCAAACAGCUCGCCACUCGUCGCCAGGCGCUGAAGGAUCAACGACUAAUGGAGCUGCCUUUUGUAACAAUAUUUGACUAUCUCUCCCUCCUGGAGCGCAUUGAAGCACUCCUCGAACCCUUGGGGCCCCGAGUUCUGCUCUACCUAGCUGCCGCCGUCUCUGAUUUCUUCCUCCCUCGGGAAUGCCUGCCUGAACACAAAAUUCAAUCCCGAGAACAAAAUGGCCUGCACCUGGACCUGCAACCUGUUCCGAAGAUGCUUGGGGUGUUCCGCGCCCGGUGCCCCAAGGCCUUUAUGGUCACCUUCAAGCUUGAGACAGACCAUGCCUUGCUCGAAGCCAAGGCCCGGGGCUCAUUGCGGGCCUACGGCCAAGACGUUGUCGUGGCCAAUCAAUUGGAAACCCGCCACCAGCUCGUCCGCCUCUUUUUUCCCACAGACCAGCCGCCCAUUGUUAUCCGGGCCCACGAUGCCGAUCGCGAUCUUGAGGUUGUCCUCAUUCAAACCUUGGAACGCAUGCACAUCGAGCACACGCACCGGCUGACAGCGUCUUCGACACCCUCGAAAUGA